CUUGGACAGGCAGAAAGGAGUGAAAAGAAAAAUGCAAGGUGGAGUUUGAACUUGACAGUUCGCUUUGGUUGUUGUUUGAUUUGUCCAGAGCUCAGGAGCAAUGCACCCAGAAACAUACCUGCCGUCCGGCUCUGCUGAACUUCGAACCUCAGAGGACCGUAUUAACUUUGUCUGUCAGUUUGCCUUAUCAGAGAAAAGACAACACAUGAUGGCUUUAAACGGUCAACCUGCUGUUUGAGUGUCGCUGAGAGGAGUGGGUGAGUGGCCUGAUAAGAGCGGUCAGUUCUCGGGUAGUUCCUCUUGGGAGCAGAGCAGUCCCGGACAGUGCUUCGGACCUCUAAUCCACAAACCAGUGACGAUCUCCACAUUAUAAGAAAGUGUUUGAAAGCUUUUAGUCUGUAAACCGGACAGAAGGAUCAUGUUGAGCAAAGAUCUUCCAGACAUUGAGAGCAUCCUCGCUCUGAAUCCCAGGGUGAAGACUCACGCUCAGAUCAUGUCCACGGCGAGCAAGAAGAGAGAAAAGAAACAAUGGAAGAGAAACCCUGACAGGAGCUGUGAUUCUUGUGUGAAGUUAGAGAACAACUUUGACGAUAUCAAACACACAACACUGAGCGAGCGCGGAGCUCUACGGGAAGCACUUAGGUGUCUGAAAUGUGCAGAUGCCCCCUGUCAGAAGAGCUGCCCCACUAACCUGGACAUAAAGACAUUUAUUACAAGCAUCGCUAGCAAGAACUACUAUGGGGCAGCGCGGGCCAUCCUCUCUGACAAUCCUCUGGGUUUGACCUGUGGAAUGGUGUGUCCCACAUCAGAGCUGUGUGUGGGGGGGUGUAACUUGUAUGCCUCUGAGGAGGGGCCCAUUAACAUCGGAGGGCUCCAGCAGUUUGCUACUGAGGUGUUUAGCAAGAUGGGCAUCCCUCAGAUCAGGAAUCCUGAACUCCCACCAGCCCAUGAGAUGCCAGAGUCUUACCAUGCCCCCAUAGCUCUGAUUGGUUGUGGCCCAGCAUCAAUCAGCUGUGCCUCCUUCCUGGCCCGUCUUGGAUAUGAUAACAUUACCAUAUUUGAGAAGCAGAAGUACAUUGGAGGGCUGAGCACAUCGGAAAUCCCUCAGUUCCGGCUUCCCUAUGAGGUUGUCCAGUUUGAAAUAGACCUGAUGAAGGAUUUGGGCGUCAAGGUGGUGUGUGAGAAGGGUCUGGGUGUUAACGGAAUGACUUUGACUUCGCUGAAAGAGGAAGGAUUUAAGGCUGUCUUCAUUGGGAUUGGACUCCCUCAAGCAAACAGAGCUAAAAUCUUCCAGGAUUUAACUAUGGAUCAAGGCUUCUUCACUUCUAAAGACUUUCUGCCAAUGGUGGCCUCAGCCAGCAAGAAAGGCAUGUGUCAGUGUCGCUCCUCCCUGCCAGAGUUAAGAGGUGUAGUGAUAGUCCUGGGGGCGGGUGACACAGCGUUUGACUGCGCCACCUCAGCUCUCCGCUGUGGAGCCAAGAGAGUCUUUGUCUGCUUCAGGAAGGGAUUCACUAACAUCAGGGCUGUUCCUGAGGAGAUGGAGUUGGCUAAAGAGGAGCAGUGUGAGUUCCUACCUUUCCUCUCUCCUCGUGAGGUCAUUAUGAAGAACGGUCGGGUUUCUGGGCUGCAGUUCUGUCGCACUGAGCAGACCGAGGACGGUGAUUGGCUGGAAGAUGAAGACCAAGUUGUCAGGCUGAAGGCUGAUUACAUCAUCAGUGCCUUUGGUUCGAUGCUCAAUGAGCCACAAGUGAGCGCAGCCAUGGCUCCUGUGAAGAUGACCCGCUGGGGUACUCCGGAGGUGAACAGUGACACCAUGCAGACCAGUGAGCCCUGGGUGUUUGCAGGAGGAGACAUUGCUGGUUUGGCGAACACCACAGUGGAAUCAGUGAAUGAUGGCAAACAGGCCUCAUGGCACAUUCACAGAUACAUGCAGUCGCUGCAUGGACAGACAGUGGACCCAGUCCCGAAGCUUCCGUUGUUCUACAGCGCUAUCGAUAAGGUGGACAUCAGUGUUGAGGUGUGUGGAAUAAAAUUUCCCAACCCGUUUGGCCUGGCAUCUGCUCCUCCCACCACCAGCACAGCUAUGAUCAGGCGAGCUUUCGAACAGGGAUGGGGCUUUGCACUGACCAAGACAUUUGGACUGGAUAAGGAUCUGGUGACCAACGUGUCUCCUCGUAUUGUGCGUGGAACCACCUCAGGUCCUGUGUAUGGACCAGGUCAAGGCUCCUUCCUCAACAUCGAGCUCAUCAGUGAGAAGACAGCAGCCUACUGGUGUCAGACGGUUGCCGAGCUGAAGAGGGACUUCCCCAAUAAUGUGGUGAUCUCCAGUAUAAUGUGUGCUUACAACAAGGAUGACUGGACAGAGCUAGCCAAGAUGGCAGAGAAAUCAGGACCAGAUGCAUUGGAGCUGAACCUGUCUUGUCCUCAUGGCAUGGGAGAGAGAGGCAUGGGACUGGCAUGUGGACAGGAUCCGGAGUUGGUGCGUAACAUCUGUCGCUGGGUGCGUGCAGCCAUUUCCAUCCCUUUCUUUGCCAAACUGACACCAAAUGUUACCAAUAUUGUCGACAUUGCUAGGGCCGCUCAUGAAGGUGGAGCUGAUGGAGUCACAGCCACCAACACAGUCUCAGGUUUGAUGGGACUGAAGGCUGACGGCUCCCCCUGGCCGAGUGUUGGAAAAGGCAAACGCACCACAUAUGGAGGGGUGUCGGGUAACGCCAUCAGACCCAUUGCUCUCAGAGCAGUAUCAGCCAUCGCCAGAGCACUUCCUGGUUUUCCAAUCCUGGCCACCGGGGGCAUUGACUCAGCAGAGAGCGGCCUACAGUUUCUUCACGCCGGGGCCUCGGUCUUACAGGUGUGCAGCGCAGUACAGAACCAGGACUUCACUGUGAUUGAGGACUAUUGUGUAGGUCUAAAGGCCUUGUUGUACCUGAAGAGCCUGGAGCUGAAGGACUGGGAUGGUCAGUCUCCUCCAACAGAGAGACAUCAGAAGGGAAAACCAGUUCCCAGACUGGAAGACCUGGUGGGAAAGAGCCUUCCUAGCUUUGGCCCAUAUCUCCAGCAGAAGACGGAAGCCAUUGCAGAGUACAAGAAGAGGCUCAGAAACGUCAAAUCGGAUGUGACGGAAGCCGACAUAAGCCGGUGCAACAACACGCCCAAGAAACCUGUUCCUGCAGUCAAGGAUGUGAUAGCCCGAGCGCUGCGCUACAUUGGAGCAUACCAGGAACUUAACAACACAGAGCAGGUCCAGGCUCUGAUAGAUGAAGAGAUGUGUAUCAACUGUGGAAAAUGUUACAUGACCUGCAAUGACUCUGGUUACCAGGCCAUAACGUUCCACCCAGAGACCCACCUUCCCAACGUGACUGACAACUGCACAGGCUGCACUCUGUGCCUCAGCGUCUGUCCAAUCAUAGACUGCAUCAAGAUGGUAACCAUGAAGACACCCUAUAAACCCAAGAGGGGUGUGCCCAUCAGUCCUGUCUGCUAAAGGGAAGGACAAACCAAAAGUCUCCGCCCAUGUAAUAAUGGAGAUAAGAUAUGAAGUUUGAUGUUACUAAUUAAUAUGGCAUGUGUGGUUUGAGACAUCUGUUUUUUACCAUGAAUGCAAUUUAUUUCAACUUCAAUCAUGCAAGUCAAAAAUUCAAAAGUGAGAAAAAUGAAAUCCAACAAGUUUAUCUCCUGAUAGAGAAGAUUUGCUGAGAGUUUAUGGGAAAUGUAGUUAAUGUUGAUUUGAAGAAAUGCUAGCACCAUCAUGGCAAUGCCAAAGGAGAAAUUGACAACCAACCUUUCAAAGUUCACAAUAAUAGUCAAAAUACAUUUUUCAACAAUUUAACUGUAAUGUGGAUUGUUUGUAAUUUUUUAUUCUGCUUUAUUGUUAUCUCUCCAAAACACUUUCUUCAAUGUGAUGGACAAAUUCAAAUGAUAUAAGCAUACUGCAUGUUACAUGUAGCAGUGAAAAAGGAAAUGCAUAUUUGAUGUGGUCUUUGAUUUAAAUAAAGGGUUUGUGAUGCUGCAAA